GUGACGUCAGAGAUCAUCGCACUGAAGAUGGCUGCUGUAAGGAGAGUCUGCGUCAACGCCAGGAUGAUUUUACUUGUUUUUAUCUGUUUGAUCGCUGCAGCGAAGAGUGAUGAACAAGUCCCGCUGGUCGCAUGGGCGAGUGACGGGUUUGUCUUGUCUCCUGUGAACGCGCCGUCAGCAGGUCACACUGUGUCUAUGGACGAGCUGGAAUCCUACCUGAACACAGCUUUGAGCGCAACACCUCACAAUCUACUGCUCUUCCUGCAGGAUAAAUUGAGUGUUGAUGACUUUACAAUGUAUGGAGGAGUAUUUGGAAACAAACAGGAUAGUGUCUUCCAAAAUCUUGAGGCGGCUCUAUUGCCCUCCUCCUCCUUAUGGUUGCCAUCUGUAUCAUCGUCUGCAGCCGCUUUGGUUCCUACACUUCUCCAGAAUCAGAUUGAUGCUGCUCCUCUAUACAUGAACCCAGAAACACUUGCUCAACUACGCCUUAAUGCAUCUGUUGCUGCCUUGCUGGUGUUUCGCCUCCCUUACAGUGGCGGGGCUGACAUGAUGUCUACUAAAGAGGUGCUCAGUGGAAAUGAUGAGGUAAUUGGUCAGGUGCUGAAUAUCAUGAAAGCUCAAUCGGUGCCGUAUACUGCAGUGUUUACUGCACUGUGGCCCUCAAGGGUGAUUGAGGAGGCAUCUCCAGCUGUGCAGUCUGUAUGGUCACGAUCGCUACUGCAGUCCCGUCGGGACGAACAGCCAGUUCCAAACCCACCUUUGGAAUUUAAAGAGAAAGGAUCCACCUGCAUUCUCCUGUGGGCUGAGAAGCUGGUGGUUAGCCAGUAUCGCUCAGGAAAGUGGGAAAGGCAUGACCUUACCUCCCAAACCUUUGGUAAAGGUGUAGAACCCAACUUGUCUGGCUCAUCCUGCAAUGACACUCAUUCCCGGUUGGUUCUGAAUUAUGAAGAUGUGCUGAAUUUCCGUUCAUUCAAGCUAUUAUUUGUGAUGAACCGCCGUCACUAUAAGGUUUCUGCUCGCCAUUGGUUCACCAUGGAUCAGGUUCAGCUGGAAUACGAUGGGAAAAAAGCCUCAUUCAAUGGGAGCCGUCACAUCUACGCUCCGUCUGAGUACUCGUACCGAUGUGAGUCCGUAAGCAGUUCCUACUAUGCUCAGCUGUCACCACACUCAGACAAGGACAAUGCCAACGACUGGCAGAUCUCUUUUGAGGACUUCCAGAUUCAGGGCUUUAAUGUAGCAGGGAAGGAUUUCUCUUAUGCCAGUGACUGCGCUAGUUUCUUCACUCCUGGUAUAUGGAUGGGGCUUGUUACUUCUCUGCUCAUGGUGCUAGUUCUCACUUAUGGCCUGCACAUGAUCAUGCAGCUCCGCACUAUGGACCGCUUCGAUGACCCUAAAGGUCCUGCCAUCUCCGUUCCCCAGACUGAGUGAUAGCUGCAAAGUUAGUUCCUUUUUUCAUCCUCACAGCACCCGUGUUUGCUUCGGCUAUACAAAAAUGUGCGAAUGUUAUUCAUUUCUUGCCUGUCAGGUGAUUGAGGUGGUGCUGGAUUUAUUUUUUUCGGUGAUAAUCAUUUCAUAAAAACGUGUUAAUGAAAAAAUCUCAGGAUCACAUCUGCAGAUCUAAAAAAAAAAAGGUUAUAUAUAAUCAAAAUGUCCAUGAAUUUAAAAAAAUUGUUACAAGAAUUGUUGUAAUAAUAUUUAAGCUUGACCUUAAAGUUGAAAAAGCUAUGGUAUUACUUUUUAUGCAAAGUAAAAUUCCCAGUGCAUGUUUUGCGAGAUUGAUUUAUAAGCCUUUAUGGUAAUACUUUAUUUUGAUGGUCCAUUUGAGUAUUAGUAGACUGUCUGCUUAAUAUAUGUUGAUACAGACAUUCAACAGACAUUUAACUGAUUAUAAGAAACUUUUCAAGUACAUGUCAACUUACACUAAUCCUAACCCCAACCUAACAGUCUACUUAUAAUCUAAUAAGAAUUAGUUGGCAUGUAGAUGCAGUGUAACUUGAAUUCAACAAACGGACCAUCAAAACAGUGUGACCACCUUUAUUAGCCUAAAGAUUUGAAAUUUCAUCUGUGAAGCAAGUAUUCUUCAUUUUUUCUUUCAUUUGACUUUUUUCCAGAAAAGAAUAUUAUUGUAUAUGCGUAAAGGUGCACCAUUAAAUGUGAUAAAUUAUUCUUACAAGAUAAAUAUCUACUAACAAAGAGUUUGAUGUUUAAUGUGCUGUUACUGUAAAUAUGAAGAGGUGAGUUUGUUUUGCAGUUUAAAUGACAGAUUAAAUAUUAUUUAUUGGUGGUGAAUAUCAAUCAGUGUUUCUGUACUGUAGUUUCCCCUACCAAUUCUGUGAUCCUGUGUGUGUGUGUGUGUCAAUAAAUAGAUGUUGGUGUGAGAACUGGCAUAUUUUAUGACCAAGUAUUCAAGUUGCUGGAAAAUGUCUGGUUAAUAAUCUAUAAAAGUUUCUCUGUUGUCAUCUCAUGCAGGCAUGCUUUGAACAGAUACGCUGCCUUUCCAUAUGUUGUUCAGGUUGAAUAAACUUA